GCUAGUCUGAGCCCGGGGGUGGCCGGGGCCGGGGCCCUCGCUUCUGCAUCCCUGCGGCCGCCCUCACUCCCGGGGGAGCCGGCUGUCAGUCUGUCCCUCUGCCUGCCCAGCCGCGCCAGGGUCGUCCAGGCGGCUCGGGGAGGGGAGAGAGAGGGAUCCGACGAUUACAUCUUCCGCCUGGCCGGGUCUUCACCAUGGCGGGAGCCAGACCGCAGCUGAAGAGGAGUUUCUCCAUCAUUCCCUGUUUCGUCUUCGUGGAGUCGGUGCUGCUGGGCGUCGUGGUCCUGCUGGCAUAUCGCCUGGAGUUCACUGACACCUUCCCCGUGCACGCCCAGGGCUUCUUCUGCUAUGACAGCACUUAUGCCAAGCCCUACCCGGGCCCCGAGGCUGCCAGCCGGGCCCCACCUGCACUUAUCUACGCCCUGGUCACCGCUGGGCCCACCCUCACAAUCCUGCUGGCCGAGCUGGCCCGUGCCUUCUUCCCUGCUGCCCCCUCUGCCAUCCCGGCCAUCCCCGAGAGCACCAUCGUGUCUGGCGCCUGCUGUCGCUUCAGCCCCUCGCUUCGGAGGCUGGUCCGCUUCCUGGGGGUCUACUCCUUUGGCCUCUUCACCACGACUAUUUUCGCCAACGCGGGCCAGGUGGUGACGGGCAACCCCACGCCCCACUUCCUGUCCGUCUGUCGCCCCAACUACACGGCCCUAGGCUGCUCGCCACCCUCCCGGGACCACCCGGGACCUGACCGCUUUGUCACAGACCAGGGAGCCUGUGCCGGCAGCCCCAGCCUGGUGGCCGCUGCGCGCCGCGCCUUUCCCUGCAAGGACGCGGCCCUUUGUGCCUACGCCGUCACUUACACAGCGAUGUACGUGACCCUCGUGUUCCGGGUGAAGGGGUCCCGCCUGGUGAAGCCCUCGCUCUGCCUGGCGCUGCUGUGCCCCGCAUUUCUGGUGGGCGUGGUCCGCGUGGCCGAGUACCGCAACCACUGGUCCGAUGUGCUGGCGGGCUUCCUCACUGGGGCGGCCAUCGCCACCUUCCUGGUCACGUGUGUGGUGCACAACUUCCAGAGCCGGCCGGCCUCUGUGCGAAGGCUCCCUGCCUGGGACGACCUGCGGCCAGCCCCCACUGUGGACAGCACCCUCGAAAAGUUAAGUGUAGCCCAGGAACCCGAGACCUGCAAGCCGCAUGCGACACCGGCAAGGCUCCCCACAUCCAAGCCGCAGAGCUGCGCCCGCCGUGGCCACCUGAUGUCCAGCUGCGUGUCGUCGCGGGCCCCGGCCCUGUGCUCGUCGCCCCGCGUCCCCCGACCCCGCCUGCGGUCCGAGCCCUCCGCCCUGCCCCUGCCCCUGCCCGCCCCCGGCCCCGGCCCCGCCCCGGGUCCCGCACCCUCGUCCCCCGGCCCCGGGGGUCCCGGCGGGGGCGGCGGGCGGGGCCGCAAGCUGCUGCUGCCCACGCCGCUGCUGCGGGACCUCUACACCCUCAGCGGACUGUACCCCUCGCCCUUCCACCGCGACAACUUCAGCCCCUACCUGUUCGCCAGCCGCGACCACCUGCUGUGACCCCCAGACCCCUCCCGACCCCCCAAGACCCCUUACCGCACCCCCAGGCCCUGCCUGCCACGGGCACCGCCCGGAGCCCCCCACAGCCCCCCACAGCCCCCACCAACAACCAGGUCCGGGCAGCAGAGAGGGGGGCUGGAUGGAUUUAGAGGGCGCCCUCACCCCACCCCCAAAUGGAAAGGGGCACAACUGGGAGGUGGGCCCACCUGUCUCCGGGGUUGUCCUUUUAAAGGGCGAAGGCCGAUCCCAUGGAUCAGGGCUCAGCCAAUGGGAGCCCCUGAUCUCCAAAUUGUAACCAAAGGGAGUUUGCUCCAGCCAAUGGGAGUUGCUCCUUUUGCUUCAUUGAUCUUUACGAGGCCUAGGUUGUCUUUUUUUUUUUUUUUUCUUUUCUUUUUAAAAAAUAUUUAUUUAUUUAUUUAUUCCCUUUUGUUGCCCUUGUUGUUUUAUUGUUGUGGUUAUUAUUGUUGUUGAUGAUGUUGUUGUUGUUGGCUAGGACGGAGAGAAAUGGAGAGAGGAGGGGAAGACAGAGAGAGGGGGAGAGAAAGACAGACACCUGCAGACCUGCUUCACCGCCUGGGAAGCGACUCCCCUGCAGGUGGGGAGCCGGGGGCUCGAACCGGGAUCCUCAUGCCGGUCCUUGUGCUUUGCGCCACGUGUGCUUAACCCACUGUGCUACCACUCGACACCCCUAUUUAUUUACUUUUAUUUUAUUUUAAAAAUUUUUAUUAUUUAUUGGAUAGGGACAGAGAGAAAUUGAGAGAGGAGGGGCAGAUAGAGAGGGAGAGAGACAGAGAGACACCUGCAGCCCUGCUUCACCACUUGGGAAGCUUUUCCCCUGCAGGUGGGGACCAGGGGCUUGAACCUGUGUCCUUGCGCACUGUAAUGUGUGCGCCUAACCAGAUGCGCCACCGCCUGGCCCUUAUUUUAUUUAUUUUUGUUUGUUUUGUUUGCCUCCCGGGUUAUCGCUGGGGCUGGGUUCCGGCACUAUGAAUCCACCGCUCCUGGUGGACAUUUUCCUCCAUUUCAUUUGCUAGGACAGAGAGAAGAUGAGAAAAGGGAGAGAGGCAGAGAGGGGGAGAGACAGAGACACCUGAAGACCUGACUCACAGCUUGUGAAGCAACCCCCCUGCAGGUGUAGAGCCGCAGGCUCGAACCCGGAUCCUUGUGCGGGUCCCUACGCUUCCUACAGUGGCGCUUAACCCGUAGCACCACCGCCCUGCUCCCUUUUUAAUUUUUUUUGAACAUUUAAAAAAAUUCUCUUUAUUUUUUUUUUUUUUUUUACCCACAGAGCUAUGCUCAGCUCUGGCUUCUGGUCAUGCUGGGAUUAAACCUGGGAGCUCAGAGCCUCAGGCUUGAAAGUUAUUGAUUCUUGUUGUUGUUAUGAUGAUAUCUGGCCUCAUCUGUGCAAUUCCACUGCUCCAGCACUUAUGAUCGUAUUUAUUUAUGUCUUUAUUUUUUCCAUUUCAGAGAGAGAGAGAGACUCCAUAACUAUAAAUAGAGAAGGGGGUAAUAGAGAGGGAAAGAGAGGGCCCGCGUGGUGACACACCUGGUUGAGGACAUAUGUUACAAUAGGUAAGGACCUGAGUUCAAGCCCCCGGUCCCACCUGCAGGGGGACAGCUUCACGAGUGGUGAAGCAGGGCUGCAGGGGUCUCUCUGUCUCUCUCUUACAAGCUGUUAGGGCUCCAACUUGACUCCUGCAAAGGAAGCCACAGACCCUACCCUGUGAGACCCAUAGUCCACAAGUCACACCUUAAACAACUGUUACUGGUGUCUUAGUCAAUUAUCAGACAUAGGUUUUUUACAAUUCUGAUUUCCAGAGCCCUGCUCAGCUCUGGCUUCUGCUGGUGCUGGGUAUUGAACCUGGGACCUCAGAGCCUCACAGAGGAAAGUCCAUUUGCAGAACCAUCAUGCCGUCUCCCCAGCUCCCUUUACAUUCUUUCCUUUAUUUUUUUAUCUUCCCCUUCAGAUCUUAGAGGGUUGGUAGGUAUGAUUCCAGUCCGUAGGGGAACCCCUAUAUCUGGCAGGGGAAAUGUGGGGGGGGGGAGGAAGAUGGGUGAUCUUUUUCCCUGCCAUGUGAGUCCUCGAGUCUCAGGAUCCCGUCCACGGUCCUUCAUCCCCCCUUGACACAACCUCUCAUCCAGCGCCACCCCCACUUUCCUCCACAUGCAGGAUUCAUGUGGGGGUUCAGGGUGCUGUGUCUCCCUGUCUCCGGGUCACCCCCCAAAACCUUGUUCUUCAUGAGGGCUGUGGAAAAGACUAUUUUUUUCUUCUCAGAAACACCCCUGUUUUUUCACCGUGCCCCUCCCCAAAUGCCUCAGCCUCAUUUAGGGGAGGAGGGGUAGAGAGGGCUUCCCGUCCCUGGGGAGGGGGCGGCCAAAGGCAGUGGGCAGAGGAGACACUGCCCCCUUUCCCAGCCUUCCAUCUUUAAUAAACACCUGUUUGUAACAGAAA